CGCAUAUUUUGGUUAUUUGCCCUCGACUUUACUAUACCAUUUCUACCCAAUACUGCGAAUAACAGUACAUAUCAGCUACUUCGUAUCCCUGACUACUAUUUUCAUUAGACACAUACUAGAAAUCGACGUGGCGCGCUCCCGAUCCGUCUCUAUGUGAAAACCAGUUACUACCUGCCAGGUUCCUGGUGGCCGUCUCCGGACAUCAACCAACCACCGCUCGCCGACGACUGCUGACAGGGCAACACAUCCGCGUUCGGGAGAGACAACUCGCUGCCAACAGCUGAAACCCACAGCUACAACAAUUCCUGUAUACUACACACUCUACACACCCAACACGCACGCUUUGUAGGGGUAAGGUAAGUACUCUCUCUCAAAUCUACCCCAAUGACGAACCGCCUUUUCCUCUAUUUUUCACGAGGAUCUUCAAUAUGCACCCUAUCUGUGCUGGCAUCUCUGGUCAAUCCCUGGGGAAAUUACACCGGGAUACCCACAUAUAGACACCAGAGAUAGCACUUAAGGUUGGUGAUAGCUUCACAGGCCCAAAAAAAACCUAUGAUGUAAGCUCCCUCUGUGUGUGACAACAUGAGAGAAGCAGAGCAAGCAAAGCAACACUUAGUCUCCUCAUGCACAAUUGCUCUUUCUAUAUUAUUCAAUCUUUUUGAAGAGAACAACAGCAACAGACUCCUUCCUCCAUCCUUCGUUUCCUGUUACUUACCUUACCCGGCUUUCCUUUCAAAGUCAAUCGUUCAAUCAUUCAAUCAAUCUUUUCGUUUUUGCUCCUGCAUAUCGCAUAGCCCGGCCCUGUGCUUUGAUUCGCAUCCUGUAAGACAUAUCAAUCGCUCGCGGCCAUCAGGGUGUGCUACACCGCAGCCAUCCACCGCCCGCAUUCAUUCCAACCUCCCCCCUCCCCCUCCCCCAUGACACUACCCCUCCCCCGGAAGGUCGGGGUUCCUCUCGCAGAAGCACCCCUAAUUACGUCGCCGCCUGGUGGUGAUGGUGGUGUUAGUGGUCAUGAGUCGACGGGGAGGACAAAACCUCAGCUCGCCUUGGGUAGCCCCGUCUCUUCUCACACGCAGUUAUAUUCGGCUUCAAGCCCACGCUCUGCAAACCGUCCCGGCCUCCUUCCUAUUUACAGCCGCUUCACGAGUAGGCCUUCUCGCUGGAAAUCAAGACGCGCAGCUAUGAGAGUGAGGAUUUCUGGGCCGGGCCCGAAGGGGAACAUGGAGAGGCUUGAGGCUACUGUUAAAGAGGUCACCAACUGGGAUGGAUUAAGCAUGGAUCCCGAGAUGUGGUACCCGGACGGAAACUGCCUCGUCCAUCUGUAUGCCCGUGACUCCACGGCGUCGUCGAUGUGGGGUCCGGCAUUCCUCAUCCCCCUCGAGUUUCUAGUCGGCUUGGACUGCAUUCCUUUGCUGGAACGCUUUUUGGCUGGCAGCACGGGCUCCUACCUUCCCUCUUCGAACAGGCAGUUUGUCAAGGGCCGCUCGAGCAAGGAAUAUACAUCGGGAAGAUAUGAUUUAUACAUUCCGCCACCGCCGACGGCGGAGGGAGAACAGAAAUUGCUGUGCCGUACUGCUACACGGAACUUCUUCGCGUGGAUAUGCGGGAAGCCUCUCGUGGGAGAGAGUCUGGGGCAGGCAUUGGUGGGGCUGCUCAAUAGCAUGAGAGAGUACCGAGGACUGAACGUGGAUAAUGUGGAGGAUAUCCUCGACUAUAUGGAGGAGGGAGGAUACGCAGACUUCGGCGGCAGCCCAGUCCAUACCCUCGCCACCCUCCAUUUCGCAGAGCACUUCCAAUUCGAGAAUCUCUACAUCGACGCCUUCGCCCACGCGGUGGGGAUGCACAACGAGAUCAUCCAAAGCCCAGAAUACAAGUCCAUCUCCGACACCACCCGCUCCAUCCUCACCCACGCCCACGCCGAGCUCCACUCCCGCCUCUCACGCACCAGCCUCUCCCUCUCCACCUUCCUCGCCGACGAGCUCUCCCCCACCCACCUCGGCCUCACCGCCGCCUCCCGCACCCAUCUUGACCGCUUCCGCGAUUUCCUCACCACCUACUGGAUCUCCGCCCUGGGCUCCUACCCACCGGCCCCCCACAGCAGUCCCAGUUUCUCCAACCAGGUCCUCCUGAGAAUGCGCACCGAGUUCAAAGAUCUCUACGCCUACCUCGUCGACGAGUCCUUCACAGCCACGGACUGCAGUCCCGCCGCCGCCCAGGGCGGGGUGUGCGUCCUGCAGUCCGUACAAGCAUUCGACACCCGCCUCGGUUACGAAAGUUUCCUGCACCCCCUUCCCCUCCUCCCCACCUCCUCUUCCGCCUCCCCCCUCACCAGCCGCACGCACUCCCUGCGCUCCCCGAACCUGGCGCGCACAUUCAGCUGGAGCCGUCCUGCGUCGCCGAAGACGGAUUCGCGGCUGCUUGCGCUCUCGAUUGUGGCGAAGGCGAGUAAUCACCAUAAACCUGCGCUGUUGGAGGCGCCGCUGGUGAAGGCGUUUAGGGAGUUCGAGAUAGAGUGUAUUCUUUCUACUAAGGAGGAUAAACGAACCCGUGUGCCGGCGGCGGCUGCCAGAAAAGUCCGCUGGAUUCUUAUAUACGCCACACUCCAGACCUUGCGCUCAGCUACGGAUAUCCUCCCCGCUGUCCGCACACCCCUCACAGUCCCCUACCAUCUCAGCGCCACGCUCCCCCGCCUCCCCUGGGCUAGCUCACCGCGCGCGUCUCUCACGCCAUCAAGCACACAAACCCUGCACCUCUCUCUCUCAUCCUCCUCUAUCCCCUCUUCCCCCACAACUCCGCAUACCCCCAGCUCUCCAAUCGAGCCAGACAUCGACUACACCCUCCUCACGCGCCCCGCCUCCUCCUCCCCCCCCUCCCCGCGCCCGCGCCCGCGCCGCGCCUCUCUCCCCACUCUCGCGCGCUCGCUCAGUUCGGCAGCCAGUUUAGGGAGGGCGAUAAGUGUUAUCGGCCGCAACCCGCGCCGUAGCUCCGCGCCUACACCGAGUCGUACCCCUUCAACGAGCAUGGAAAAUAGUUUCACCAGCGCCGCAGAGGAAGAUGAGGAUGAAGACGAAGAUGAUGGGGGGAUGGAGAUGGGAUGCUGGAAGAAGCAGGUUGAAUUGAACCAAAUCACCCCUUCUCCUUCUUCCCCAUCUUCCCCAUCUUCUCCUUCUUCGCACUUCCACUCUCACACCCGCUCCCACUCCACCCCCUCCACCUCCUCGUCGUCGUCGUCGUCCGAGAACCCGACCACGCCUCCCUCACCGCUGUCGAGGUCGCAUUCCGGAUACGAUUUCUCGGAUACCACGCCACCCUCGCCACUCUCGCAAUCACACACACCAUACGAUUUCUCGGAUUACAAAAUCACCUCCCCCUCCAACCCCAGCUCAGCGACAAGGCCAGAAAGGGAGAGGAGGUGGAGCGGAAGCACAGCGCAUGAGCAGGAGCAGGAGGAUGUUGCACCCGAGUGCAUCUCUGGUGGGGAGGUGGUGAGGAGACAGGGUGAGGGGAGGAUGAGGGGGCUUGGGCUUGGUGUUGGAGCGCUAGGUGCGCUACUGGAUGGGGUGGUGGAGGAGAGGGUGUUUUUUGAGCUUGAGGAUUUUCCUGGGAACGGUGGUGGGAGUAGGGUUGCUGUUGCGAUGUGAGGAAAACUAAAUGGUGCCGGCAUCGUUGGUUGGGGGUGUGUGUAUGAAAAGUCUGGGCGUGAGGGGAGUUAAGGGAGGGGAGUUGAGGAAGAGGAGUUUGGAAAGGGGGGAGUCUGGGAAAUGAAUCGGAUGGGAUGGGAUGGGAGGAAAGAGACCACUGUAUGCUCAUAAUAUCACAUAAGUUCAUGUAUCUA